AUGUUGGACGAUGGUGAUGUAAGUAAGAUAAAUUGGGCAACCCUCACACUUGAUCACCUGAUUGCGAGCUUGAAGCAGUACAAGAACAAUAAGCAAACAAAUCUUGCUGGCAACCUCGCUCUCUUACAGGUGUGGUACUGGGAGAAAUUUUAUGUGAACAAAGUUAAGCACAAUAUAGAUAUAGAUUACUUUCCUCGACAGAAGCCUUUGAUACAAUCAUGGGACAAGGAGAAGGUGGCAAAGAGGGAACAUGCCAACUUUGCCGAGGGAGAUAUUAUUGAGCACCUCAUGAGUGACGUGGAAACUGUGCAAGUAAUAGAGAAUAAAGUCAUGGAGAAAGAGUACAUAGACGAAUACAAGUACUUCAAGCCACUUGUUGAUGGUCUGGCUGACAUUGAACACAACACAAGCCUGACCAACAGAACCCUGCUUUGUGUUGUCAAGUGUUUGGAGGCUAAUAAGUUUGUUCUUCCUGACAUAUCAGAUGAAGAAAUUGAGCCUUUUUGUAAGAAGGGUGACAAGUGCACAUGGCACAAGGGACAACACAAAAGACAAGAGGAAGGAGAAUCUGAACAUGAUGAAGAGGAAGGAGAAUCUGAACAUGAUGAAGAGCAAAGAGAAUCUCGUGAACAUGACAGCGAGACACCUGCCAAGCGGCAGCAAGGGCUUUCAGGCACUAAUAUAGGUGAUGAGGGUGACACAAACAGUAAUGCCAAAGGGACGGUGCGUCGGUCAAACAGGAAAUCAAAAACCAAUAAAGAAGACGAGUAUUCAUACUAUGACCAUGAAAAGAGGCAACUUCGUGGUCUGAAAGAAACACUACAAUGGGUAAACAGACAAGAUGAUACAACGCCUUUGGCCCAAAUUGGUGAUAUAACACUAAACAAAUCAUCCCUGCAUUCCCUAACAGCCAAUAAGUUGCCGGACAACAAUGCCAGAUAUGUGGAUUGCUUGGUAAGUAUUUCAUGCUUCACUUAUUACAUCUGCACUGGGAUAUGCACUAAUCAGUGCUCACUUGCAAUACUAGGCCAUUGA